AUGCUGCACACCGAGGGCCAUGCUCUUCUUCGGGCCGUGGGUCAGGGUAAGCUACGUUUGGCCCGUUUGCUUCUAGAGGGGGGCGCCUACGUAAAUGAGGGUGAUGCCCAGGGGGAGACUGCGCUAAUGGCGGCUUGUCGGGCCCGCUACGACGACCCCCAGAACAAGGCGCGCAUGGUACGCUACCUCCUGGAGCAAGGCGCAGACCCCAACAUCACAGACCGCCUGGGGCGCACUGCGCUCAUGCACGCUUGCGCCGGGGGUGGGGGCGCAGCCGUAGCCUCACUGCUCCUGGCGCACGGCGCAGACCCCUCCGUCCGAGAUCACGCGGGUGCCUCAGCACUUGUCCACGCCCUGGACCGCGGGGACCGGGAGACCCUGGCCACAUUGCUGGAUGCCUGCAAGGCCAAGGGCACGGAGGUCAUUAUCAUCACCACAGACACCUCGCCCUCGGGCACUAAGAAGACCCGGCAGUAUCUCAAUUCUCCACCGUCACCGGGGGUGGAGGAACCUACCCCUGGCCCCCCUAGCCCGGGGGCCUGCACAUCGCCUUCGGAAAUCCAACUGCAGACUGCAGGAGGAGGGCGGGGGUUAUUAUCUCCUCGCACCCAAGAGGAAGAGGAGAAACGGGACGUAUUUGAAUUCCCUCUUCCCAAGCCCCCCGAUGACCCCACCCCUUCUGAACCGCUCCCCAAACCACCCCGUCACCCCCCUAAACCACUCAAAAGGCUCAAUUCCGAGCCCUGGGGUCUAGUGGCCCCUCCCCAACCAGUCCCGCCAGCCGAGGGGAGGCCGGGACUCGAACGCCUGACAGCUGAGUUCAACGGUCUGACGCUGACCGGUCGACCCCGUCUUUCUCGACGUCACAGCACCGAAGGCCCAGAGGACCCGCCCCCGUGGGCGGAGAAAGUGACGGGCGGGGGGGCUCUCUCUCGUCGAAACACCGCACCAGAAGCUCAGGAAUCUGGUCUUCCUUCAGGGCUGAGGCAGAAACUGAGCCGCAUGGAGCCGGUGGAGCUCGACACCCCCGGACAUUUUUGCCCCGAUUCGCCAGAGUCUAGCCGCCUGUCCCUGGAACGCCGCCGAUACAGCGCCUCCCCGCUGACCCUCCCUCCAACUGGCUCGGUUUCCUCCCCGCGCCAGUCCCAGGAGAGUUUGCCAGGGGCUGUGUCUCCGCUGAGCGGGCGGAGGCGGAGUCCUGGGCUGCUGGAGCGGAGGGGCUCCGGGACGUUGCUCUUGGAUCACAUCGCUCAAACGCGUCCUGGCUUCCUGCCCCCACUCAACGUCAGCCCCCACCCUCCCAUCCCUGACAUUCGCCCGCAACCCGUAGGUCGGGCGCCUUCGAUGCCCGCCCCUCCCCAAGCAGGGGCACCUGGUUCUCCCAGGACCAAGCGCAAGUUGGUGAGGCGCCACUCCAUGCAGACUGAGCAGAUCCGCCUGCUAGGGGGCUUCCAAAGUUUAGGUGGGCCGGGGGAACCAGGGCGUUGA